AUGGCCGGCGAGAGAGCAGAUGAAGAGAUGGAAAUCUUAGAGGAGAAUAAUCCUGAAUCCAUUGUUUAUGAUUCAUCAUCACCGCAAUCAACGAGCACUUCAUCUUUAACGUGGAUAAGCUGGUUCUGUUCAUUACCUGGCCACGAGUACUUUGCAGAAGUUUCCGAGGACUUUAUCGAAGACGAAUUCAAUUUGACAGGAUUAGCGGGUAUAGUUGGAUUUUAUAAGGAAGCUCUAGAGAUGAUACUGGACGUUGAACCAGAAGAAUCUUUAAAAAUACCAGAUGUAUCCAUAGUCGAACACAGCGCUGAAAUGCUUUACGGACUCAUCCACGCCAGAUUCAUACUUACAAGAGUUGGUUUGCAGCAAAUGGUUGAAAAAUACGAAAAUGGUCACUUUGGAUUCUGCCCUCGGUUCUGCUGUCAGUCUUGUCCUGUUGUUCCAUGCGGAAGGUCAGAUACACCAGGAGUUGAUACAGUGAAGCUAUACUGUCCAAAUUGCAUGGACAUUUACGUACCUCCAAGCUCUAGAUUUCAAGGCGUCGAUGGUUCUUUCUUCGGAACUACAUUCCCUCAUCUGCUUUUUCAUACCUACAAGGAUCUUCAACCAUCGAUCGUACUACCAGUUAACGACGAUGACACAGUGGAUUAUCAAGCAAUCGCUGAAUCUCAUUACAAGCCAGCUGCUACAAAGAUAUAUACACCAAAGAUAUAUGGUUUCAGAAUAUCAGAAAAGAGUAGAUCAGGACCUCGUAUGCAAUGGCUGAGAAUGAGACCGACAUCUCAGAAAGAGUUAGAUUCUGUUGAUAAUCAAGGCCGUAUUAAGAAUUCAAGCAUACAACAAUUCAACAGAGUACAGGGAGAUGGUAGAUGGAAGAAGCAGGGCAAGCUGUUUGAUGAAGAUGACGAUGAAGAUAUUCACAGUGAGUCGGAUGAGGAAGAAGAGGGGAAGGCGACACAACAGCAACCAAGUUGA